CUUCAUUAUUAUUCUGGGCACGGCAGGCCGAUGAGGGUGCAACUGCUGACGUAUAGAAACUAAGCCACGAAACUCCACCCGUCCUGUUGAUUGCUGCUGCCUCGCAACUCCCCUCGUAAUUCCAUUCCAACUGUCGUUCUAUGCCAUUACGUGGUCUUUGCCUGCCAGAAGGGAGUCCUCUCCUCAACUCAUGCCCACUUUAUCUCUUGAAUUAUUGUGAAACCAUAUUGUUGUAACUUCUUUUCUGUCAUCGAUUUACAUGUCCCUUUGCUGUUCCAUAUUAUACAAAAUCAAGUUUGCGGCUUCUUAAUACCGCCAACGGAUACGCAUCUCCGCCAUGGCUUCCCUUAAUCUUUCAUCCGAUGGGCCAUCGAUAUCGAAGAGCUACCAGGCAGUGGUGAAUGCGCCGCCUCCAUCAGGCCCCGCCGUGGACUCCUCAACUUAUGGUCAAUGGGCUGUUUUUUCUGUUUCCACGCCGCUUGUCAACGUUUUCCAACAGAGUUCUGGCAACAAAGAAAGUGUUCUGAAGGUUCAAAGCACUGGAGAUGGAGAGCUGGCCGAUCUCAUUGAUGAGUUCUCGGAGGGCAAGGUCCAAUUCGCCUACGUCAAGGUCAGGGAUCCCAAUACGGGGCUCCCAAAAAACGUGUUAAUUGCAUGGUGUGGAGAGGGUGUUCCUGAACGUACUAAGGGGUAUUUUACUAGCCAUCUGGCUACCGUCUCAAAGUUCCUACAUGUUAGGCUUAGAUCGCCCUAAAUAGGAAAUUACCCCAGUGCCACUAACAUGGAACUCCAGGGUUAUCAUGUCCAAGUUACCGCACGUUCUGACGGAGAUUUGACACCUGAAGGCAUCAUUCAGAAGGUUGCCGAUUCUUCUGGUUCUAAGUACUCAUCCGGGCUUGAACAACAUUCAACAGCUGCUGCUCCUAGCCCCCCAACAUCCAGCAAGCCUGUUUUUACGCCUACGCGGACGACCGGAGGGGUCAAACCUCCUGCACCGAUACCAAACAUGACCAAACCAAUGGCUUUUAAGCAAGAUGAUGUUGAUGACAAUGGAUGGGGACCAGAUGCUCCACCGAUUACCAGAACCGGGCUAGAAAAGGUACAGCCAGCUUAUAAGCCCACAAAGGUGGACUUGCGGGAACUCAGGUCGGCAAAGCAACCCGUCACGGAAACUAAGUUUGACCGUGCCAAUGAAAAUCGGGAUGACAUCGUCAAAGGGGGUUAUCGCCCCAUUGGGAAAGUAGACAUUGCGGCCAUACGGAGGCAAGCCCUUGAAGCCGGAGAGCUUAAGGAUGAACGUCCAGAACCGGUAAAAGGUGCAUAUCAGCCGGUCGGCAAAGUUGAUAUUGCUGCAAUUCGCUCAAGGGCUCAGACGCCAGACGACGCCGCUCCGAGUGGAGCAAAACAGCCCCAGGUCGCUGAUAGGCCGCCUACAGUUUCUGAACGAUCUGCUUUGUUCAGUACUUCUGAGCGUCUGACGAGUCUUCCGAAGCCGAAAGUUUCAAAUAAAUUCGCCGGAAGUAUGCCUUUCACGGGAACAAAACCCCCUCUUCCCGGCGAAUCCGCCCCCAAACCCGCGGCAGCUACUGUGCGAAUUGGCGGUGCAAGCAGGACUUUCGCGGACGAAGGGGGUAAGACACCUGCACAGCUAUGGGCGGAAAGGAAAGCGAAGGAAUGGGGGCCUGGCGGCUCUCCAACCUUAUCUACGACUUCCGUGUCGGAGCCCCCAAUUCCGAGUCAACUCAGUGGCAAUGGGGAAUGGAAGAGCUCGUACACCGGCAAGCAUUGGGAGCCAGUGCAGACGACACAUACCGGCAAGUCUUUUAGCAGUAAUGCAUCCCAGAAACUCGAAGAUGUGAGCACCGGCGAGAAGUUGGAUGAAGAAAGCCUGCCUCAUCAGAGCGUCAGUGCGUUGCGUGAACAGUUCGCACAUGGAACGGCCAAGGAACCAUCAAAGUUAGGGAAGAUUAUCAAUGCUCCAAGCACUGGACACAGUAUACCGAUACCUGGUCUCCCAUCAGGACCUACGGAGCCAGAGUACGAGUCCGACUCCAAGCAGGUCGUCCCUAGCCCGCCGGAGCAGCCAAGGUCACCAACUCCCCCUACGCCCCAUGUCCGCGAAACUUCGCCAAUCCGUGUAGCAGUGCCUGUUAGCCGAGGGGUCGCGGAUGCGCAUGAUGAGCAGUAUUCACCACCUGCGGCCCUGCCUGUUCAAGGUCUCCAACAAGCAAUCCCUGACGAGAAUGUUCUUGAGGAUGCUCCUCAUGAUAUAGGCCGUGCAACUGCCGAGGCUACCGUUGGCGCUGGCCAACGUGUAGGCCAAGGUGGCGCCAUUCGAGCCGUCGUGCAAUAUGAUUACGAAAGGGCAGAAGAUAAUGAGAUUGAACUAAGAGAAGGAGAAUAUGUGACUGAAAUCGAGAUGGUGGACAGGGAUUGGUGGCUUGGUGUAAACACCAAUGGCGAAAGAGGCCUCUUCCCGAGUAAUUAUGUCGAAGUCAUCGAGAAUGAUCAACCAGAACAACCAACAUCCACCGCUGUGGCUCAUGAACCCGAACCAGCUUCACCUGUUCCUGUGGCCGAGCAGUCUGAAAUUUCAGCUCCAGGCACCGCUCCUAAAUCUGGAGCCCCUACAGCAACUGCGUUGUACGACUACGAAGCCGCGGAGGAUAAUGAGAUCAGCUUCCCCGAGGGCGCCAAGAUAACGAACAUUGAAUUCCCCGAUGAUGACUGGUGGCUCGGCGAGUAUGGCGGCCAAACAGGCCUAUUCCCGUCAAAUUAUGUCCAGCUUGAUGAGUAAGAAACUCUUGUUUGGAAGCUUCUCUGCAUAAAAGAAGAGCCAUGAAUUGUACUGUCAGUCAGUAGCUACCAUCUGGCCUGCGUCAAUGCUUCUUAGCCUGCUCUGGAAUAGUUUCUUUUUGUGUUUUGGGGUCCUCUAGCAGUUGAAGGAAAUAUGAAUACAUGUACUGCAGCAUCGGGAUCUGCUGGUUACUAGGUACCUUAGUAAUAAGUAGCAUUGUUUUGCAAUGUUGAUGGGUACUACUAACUAUAACUAGUAUGGAUGGACCAUGUACAUAGCCCUUGCCUAGGUAGUUUGUGCAACCAAUUAGGUAUGUGUAUCAUGAUAAGGUAAUCCACCACCGAGCCGCUGAUUUUCCUACCGACUACCCAUCAGAAUUAAUGCUUUUGCAACCAUUAACACCAUUAAAUUAGACAAUCU